AUGCUUAUGAUAGAUAUUACGAAGGUCGAAAAUUAUUUAGCAGCUUAUGAUUACGAGGGUUUAUUACCUUCGUCAUCAAAAGGUUUUCAACGUACAAAGUUUGAUGGUAAUGCUGGCCAAGAGAAUACGGAAUUAGGCUGUGGAAGCCUUGAGGAUCCGAAUCAUCCUGAUAAUCUUGCUCAACAAGACUCCACUCCAGAAAUCAGUAUAUAUAUUGAAGCGAAUGAGUCUACUCGCCUUCUUCCAAAAUCCCGAACCCAAGACCCAGUGGCGUAUUUAAGAGAUACUUUGCGUUUUAAAGAUACUUUUCGUUCGCUUAGAAGUGGUCGAACUCAUUCAUGUGAUAUUGACGUGUUGACAUGGGGAACCCAAGAUCCGAAAAUGAGUUUUCCGAUGGAAAUUGUGUUUUAUCUGGGUUCAUAUUUCGAACAACUGGGACGUGAAACAAAAAUUGAAUCCUAUAGACUUUGGUCAGUCUUGGACCAAUUUAUAGAUAUUCUAGGCAGUCUUGAAAGAAUUAGUAACACGCCCAUUCCUAUAGCUUACAGAGUUCAUUUGAAGCAAGCUGUGACUUUGUACGUUUGGUUACUUCCAUUCACUCUUGUCGAUUUACUUGGAUGGUUAACUAUUCCGGUUAUCUUUGUAAUUUCCUUUAUUCUUUUUGGUGUUGAAGCAAUCGGUUCUGAAAUUGAGGAUCCGUUUGGUUAUGAUGUAAAUGAUUUGCCUUUGGACGAUUACUGCAAGAAUUUGGAAGCCGAAAUUAAAUACUUAUAUUGUUAUCUUCCAACGGGACAAUCUGACUUUCAUA